AAAAGUUGCCAACCACUAAGAAAGGUACAGUGCCGCGAAAUGAAAUAUCUUAACCAGCAGGAAGCGAUACGCGUCGAUGAGGAAUUGUUCAACGAGUACAAAUUUAGCGUUGAUCAGCUAAUGGAAUUGGCAGGUCUUAGCUGUGCUCACGCGAUCGCCGAUGCCUACACUCCCGAUAGUUUGAGCACGAACAAGGUGCUAAUCUGUUGCGGACCGGGCAAUAAUGGUGGCGAUGGAUUGGUAGCGGCCCGGCAUCUUGCGCUGAUGAGCUACGACCCGUACGUGUACUAUCCAAAGCGGGCCGAUAAGACGGAUCUGUUUAAAAAUUUGCAACAUCAGGCAGAAUGUAUGGGAAUUACGGUAACGGUGGACUGUCCCGUCACCGCACGGGUCGAAGCGGAAUUUGGUCUUAUCGUGGAUGCAUUGUUUGGGUUCAGCUUUAAACCACCGGUGCGCGAUUCGUUCAAACCAAUAAUGGAGCUGUUGCAAAACACAAAGCUUCCAAUCGUUAGUGUAGACAUCCCGAGCGGAUGGGAUGUGGAGCUAGGGCCUCAAUCGAACUGUGAUAUUAAACCAGACUGUCUCAUAUCGCUAACAGCGCCGAAACUGUGUGCAAAACAUUUGUCCAACGCAAAGCACUACCUUGGUGGACGCUUUGUGCCGGCAAAGCUGGAGGAAAAGUAUUCGAUGAGUUUGCCCCAGUAUAACGGUCGUGAUCUUUUUGUUCGACUGAAUUGA